GGGGUGGUUCUGCCCAUGGCGCGGAUGGCCGUGGCACGGGUGCUUUUGCGGGUGAUAGCCGCAAUCCCCCUCGUGGUCAGUGGGGUGAUGAUGGUUUUAACGCUUACGGAGAAGGUCUUCAUCGUGGUUCGUCGUCUACCAGAGGUGGGCGCGGAUAUGCUUGGACAGAUCACGGAGCUACCGGUCGAGGUUUUCAAGGGCCGCCCGGAAACUUCGUGGAGGGUGCGGUUGGCCCUAAUAACCGUUCCUUCCGGGGCCGCUACCGCGGAGGUCGAGGCGGGAACCGGCGCCCUCCUCCUCCGCGCUGUCCGCCCGCUGCUACAGUUUCGGAGACGAGCCUAGCGGAGGUGCCUGCCGCUGGAUUGGUUUUGCCUCCGGUGGCAGUGGAGACAGUUCAGGCUUUGGCCGCAGUGACGCUGCCGUAGCCCAUUCAGCCUGGUGAUACUGCGUCUGACAAAGGUACGGAAAGGUCCGAGGAUGACAAACCGUCCAAGUGGGUGAUUAAGAAGAAAAAGUUGACAUGUUUUCGUUGCGGUGAACUGGGACACUUUAUGGCUGAAUGCACUGCUGAGUUAUGUGAUUUGUGCCGGAAACCGAAGCAUACGGCGGCAGAGUGUCCUCUUCUUUUGGGGCCCAAGCCUACUGUUAACAUUUAUGGGGUCUGUUGCUCAGAGUUGAUGUUCUUCGAGUCACCAAAUAUGGCACCUUUGACACCCGUGAUUGAAACUUCCUUCCCAGGUGUGGUGAAGGUGGUUCAUGGACCUCUGACUGAAGCUCAAAUUAUUCAACAGCUACGGGAGCUGGCGCCGGGUAAUUUUCAGUGGUCUUUGCUGAAGUUAACAGAUCAGACAUACAAAGUGGAGUUUCCUUCUAAAGAGGAUCAGUUGAGAAUCCUCAAAUUUGGCAUGAGUAGAGUCACUGGAACAAAUUUUGUGCUGCAGUUUGAUGAGUGAAAAAAGAAGGAGCCUCAGGGUACACCGUUGACUCAGAUUUGGGUACGUUUCUCGGGGGCGCCAACUGAACCACUGGAUAAUUUCUUGGUCACAUGGAGCCUCGAAUCCCUGAUUGGCAAGACGGAAUAGGUGGAUAUGCCCUUCACACGCGCUCAUGGGGUGGCGCGUUUGCUUGUCAGUGUUGCUAACAUUGAGUUCUUGCCGGAUGUGGUAAGAUGUUCUCAUGAGGGCAUCGUGUAUAUUUUGGAUGGCGAGUAUGAGGAUCCUAAUCUAUUUCAGGAUUUUGAGGAGGUACAUCAUAUGGAUACUUCUGAGGGGGGAGGUGCCUCCGGGAACCAGGAUGAUAGUGCACAGAAUAAUGGUGAUAAGGCUAGUGGGCCUUCGACUUCGUCUAAAGCAGGAGAGCCUGCUAAUGAGAAGUCACCGGUUUCUGCUCCGACAAACAUGCUGCAGCUUGGAUCCUUGGGGGCUUUCUCCGCACCUCCUCGUCUGUGGAGUGAUCGAGUUGACUUGGAUGAUCUGUCGGAACAUCUUAUGCUGGUGGUAGCAGGGUGUGACUCUUUGAUAGUGCUUGAUGGACAGGGAGGAGCCGGUGGGUAGGAGGCCUCCAUUGCUCCCUCUUCAUCUUUGUUGCAUAGGCUAGAGGUGGCGGCCGCAUUGGACGCCUCGGCGGGAGGUGGCGGGCAGGUGGCCCGGCCCUCCUACUCGAUUUCUUCACUUGCACUGGUGGACCUCGGAGGGGCAUGCGUGCAGGAGGCCUGCGCAUCCCUCUCUACCCCCUAGCGAUGCAUCCUCCGACGCCUCCUAUGGCGCUGUCACCGGCGACGGCUUCCCUGGUUGGAGGGUCGGGUGGAGCUGGCGGCCAUGAGCCCCGCUCACCGUUCAUCGCUUCGCCGCGCGGCCCCGCUCCAGCGGCAUCGCCUAUUUCAGUUGUUACGUUCACGGGUCGGGUUGCUGCAUCCGUGGUUGGAGGGGAUCCCGUGGCGUCUCUGGGAUCCGGGCACCGGCCGAUGCCGCGGGAGGCUUCGAGGACUCUUGGUGAUUUUUCGGCUGCUCCAGUUCAGUCGAGCUCUGUUGGGGGUUGGGCAGGAGGCCUCACCCCAAAUAGGGCCACGCGGGAGGAGGUCAUUGCUUUUGGAGGGAUCCCGGAUCCUGUUUCUGAGGGGCGGCGGAUGAGCAGUCAUCUCCAGGAGCAGCCGGAUGUGGAUGACAUGCAGCUAAGGUGCGCUAUGCAGGCGACCAAGCUUCAUGACAUUGAGGUCUCUACUGGUAUGUCAGUCAACACGUCAAAUUCGAUUUUACAUUUUUCCAAUGAUGAGAUUGUUCACAAUGCAAAUCAAUUAGGGGUUUCACUAGGUAGUAAUGGUAGUGAAAUCACUAAAUCAGUUAAUGAUAUUCUCGAUCUCGAAGCGGAGCGCGCUUUGGAAAUGAUACGUAACAUAGCAGCUGUUAAACCCAUGAAUGAUUCCGACAUAGAUGCGUUGGGAGUCAGGGCUCUUGAUAGUUUUUGUGCGGAUCUUGCCCCUUCACUUCCUGAGACAGAGGAGGAUGAGGGAUUCGGUUCCCCUAAGGCCUCGAUCCAUGUAGAUAUUUCGGAGGUUAAUUCCUCAGAGCCCGGUCUUGAGGACCGGCGGGAGGAUCAAAAUAAGCCUAAGCGGAAGUGGAAACGGAAGGUUUAUCCAGUUUCGGCUGUGCAUAGAAGUGCUAGGAUCCGUACCUCUAAAAAAAUUCAUGAUGAAAUAUGAGAGGAAUUUUUUGGAAUAGCUGAGGUCUUAAAGACUUGGCUAAAAGAAGGUUUCUAGCGGAAGCAUCUAUUGAACACCAGUUGGAUUUUAUUGCCCUGUCCGAAACUGGA